GCCACUGCACAGCGUGCGGCAGCCCCGCCUGCCAACGACAUAAGCUGUGAUGAUGUUGUGAAGGCCGCGCGCUCCUUCCCACGUGGUGCUGCGCCCGGGCCCUCUGGCAUGCGACCGGACUUCCUCAAGCAACUUGUUGAUGCUGGGGAUGAGCAGUACGGAGCCCAGGUCCUUACAGACUUGGUCAACCUCCUUGCUGAUGCGCGGGCCCCCAUCGCGCUGCGUCCUUACCUCGGUGGGGCUCGUGGCACAGCUUUGGAAAAGCUGAGCAAAACUGGAGCUGCUGAUGUGCGGCCUUUGUGUGCAGGAGAAACCUUGCGCCGCCUGGUCGGCAAGGUCUUGCUGCGGAGUGAGUUCCUUCUUGCCCUGCGGGCACACCUCUUGCCCCACCAGCUUGCCGUUGGAGUGCCGGCUGGGGCCGAGGUUAUGCCGCACUUAUACCGGCAAUGGCGGCAACGCUACCAAGCCGACACCGACCAAGUUUGCCUGUCUUUUGAUGAAGGGGAUGCCCACAAUGUGGUUGAUCGGCAUAUGUUUUUGACGCGCAUGCAAGAAGUCGCCCCUGGUCUUUCCCGAUGGUUGGAGUACAUUUAUCCUACCGACAUUGACACCAAGGUCUUCUUUCAGGACGUUGCGAUCCCUUCUGCUGCAGGCGGCCAACAGGGGUGUCCUUUGAUGACGGCAUCGGUUGUGCAGUAUUGCGGGCCCUGCACUGUUAUGCCUCGUUUUGGCCUUCGCUUGUCCACUGCUUCCGUUGCGCCAGUUGCUGGGAUCCGCCACCAGGUUGACUUUCGGCCUUUUGCUGCCUUGGGUUGUUCUAUUUGCAAGGAUGGCAACUUUGAAGUCCUCAAAUCACCUGUUGGCGAUGCAGCCUUCAACAAGGCGUAUUGUUUGCAGCAAGCCGCCCAGCAAGCCACUACAGUGCAGUUGGUUGGUGGAAUCGAGGACCCUCAGGUUGCCUAUUAUUUGUUGCGGUGGUGUUGCACUGGUGGCCGGAUGAAUUACUUGGCUCGCACCACUCCAGCUCAGCAUUGUCUUCCAGCCAUGGUGGCCUUUGACUCGGCGUUGCGUGAUGCGUUUUGCGCUUCCACUGGCUUGGCAUUGGACCGCCUGGCCUGGCAACAAGCUCAGCUACCUGUUGCUACUGGUGGUCUCGGACUUCGCUCUGUGGUUGACCUUGCGGAUGCUGCUUACAUUGGCUCUCGAGUCAUGGUUCUGGAUCGGUGUCGUGCCUUAUGGACGCCUGCUGCUUGGGAAGGCUCUGCUGCAACAACAGACCUCGGCCUCGCUCUUGCUCGCUGUAACGGGCUGCUGCAACAAGCUGGUCUCCAACCCUGUUUGGGGGAUCAGCCAGAGCGCAGCUUGAGCCAGUCAGCGAUUUCACGCCGCCUGCGGGAGGUCCAUGUCUUGGCUUGGAAGACUGCCGCUGGCACCGAUGAUAUUUGUCGCCUUCAUGCUUGUGCUGCUGAUUCUGCGGACACGGUCUUGAACCUGGUCCCGCUCCUGGACUCUUGGAUGGACGGCGGCGGCCAGCAGACACGAGGUGCAACUGGUCUCCUUCCAGCACUGCCUGAUGGCUCCCGCCCUGCUGGGCCUAGUGCUCUAGCCUUGGAUGUGGCUAUCAUCAACGCCUUGGGAGCGAGUCAUUGGGACGACACUUUGCGGGGAACCCAUGAUGCAGUCACGGCCUAUGCCCAACGCAAGCGUGACCACCUCGGCACCGCCAGCUCGUGCCAACAAGCUGGCAUCCUUUACCUGCCCUUGGUCUGGGACAUUCAGGGCGGCAGCACGGCCGAAACUCGGGCCUUCCUUCACCGCCUUGCUGGCAUGGCUGCUGCAGUUGAAGGGGUUGAUUUGCUUGUGGUGAAGGCCCGCCUCUUUGACCAGCUUGCUGUUGUGCUGGCUCGAGGGGCAGGACGUGCGCUGCGACGCCGGCGUCGCGCAGCCGGUGCGACAGCGCACGCUUCCGGCCUU